CACUUUUUUAGGGCCAGGCUUAAGGAGAAAUUUUUGAUGAAAAAAUUACACCAGACGGGGUGCAGAAACCAAUAACCAGGAUGAAAGGUCUGGUGAGGAGGCUGCCAGGAAGCACACAGGAGUAGGCGUGAAAGGCUUUGAUUUAUACAGUGGGCAAAACAGGCUGUGCAGAACAGGAACCUGGGGUAUUACAGGGGACAGAGGGCACCAUAGGGUGUAUGGGGGCGGGACAGGGGACAGAAGGCACAGUAGCUACUAAUGUGGAAACCGCGGCUGGGUCCAAAGCAGCUGAAGGGAGUUUUGGGGUCUCUGCAGGCAGGGCACACGAAGCUGGGAACUCAGAUGGUACAGAGGUCACAGAUGUUGGGGUUCUCCACCCAUCCAGAAAGUAGUGAAAUAGGAGCUCUGAGCUGCACAGUAUGUAA